AUGUUGGUGCCGGCUACACCUUCUUUUGGAACAGUCGUCACAAGGCAGAACGACGGGACGCGGAGGUCGCCUUUGCUAUCCACAACGAAAUCGUGGGACACCCGCCCUGCCUGCCAGUGUCUGCACAUCCUCGAUGACCAGCUUCGACGCCGCAAGGGACGAAUUCUACGAGUACAUGCAUGUCUUUCUGUCGACUGUCCGAAGGCGGAUAAGUUGAUUGUCCUUGGUGACUUCAACUCCCGCGUUGGCAGAGAACAUGCUGCCUGGAGAGGAGUGCUGGAUUUCCAUAAUCUCGAUGGCUUUAAUGCCAAUGGUCUACUCCUUUUACGAACCUGCGGCGAAUACCGGUCCGUCCUGACGAACACCUUGUUCUGCCUCACGUUGCGAGAGAAGGACACAUGGAUACACUCAUUGGUCGCGACACUGGCACCUGCUGGACAGUGUCCCUGUCCGGAGACGAGACCAGCGGGACGUGUUUGUGACAAAGACGGUUCUGGGUGCCGACGGGUGAACCGACCAUCUUCUCGUCAUCUAGAAGAUGCGGAUUCGCCUACAGCCUGGCAGGAGACCUCAAGGUAAGCAACCUCCACGUAAGCUGGAUAUUGCCUUGCUGUCUUGGGCUGCUCACUAUCCCCAUUUCAGAAAUGAGCGAGCUCAGCGGAUAGACAACAUACCAGUCCCUGAUACCGCUGUCGUCACUGCCGCCGCUGACGUGACCGCCUACGUGGAGAACCGAUGGUACCAACUUCGGAACACGGUGCAGUUGACGACAUUGGCUGUCUUCGGUCGCGUACGUCGCGAACAUCAGGACUGGUUUGAUGACAACGACGUCGCCAUCGGCAGCCUGCUCUUCGAGGAAAAUUGA